GCCGAACAAGCGUACAAUAUUUGCCAUUCCUCAAGUGAUUACAUCUCGCCGCCCUAACAAAUGUUCUGCCUUUUGAUCUGGCGUAGUGUGCUAAUUAUGCGUAUUGCCAAUUGCUUCCGUUCUGUUAGCUAGUUAGGCGGCUAUAUCUGUACGCAUCGGAGUGAUUUCCGAGUGAUGGAGGACAUCUUCUCUGCUUCGCGUGAAGGCAAUCUUCGAUUUGUGAAGACAUGGCUCGAAAACACUUCGAACGAUUUGAAUCAAGGAGAUGAUCACGGUUUUACUCCCUUGUUAUGGUCAGCAAGAGAAGGCCAAACCGCAGUAUUUGAUCUACUUUUAUCAAGAGGCGCACGGAUCACUGCUUUAAACGAUGGCGGUGAUAAUGGCUUACAUUUGGCGGCCAGCAAAGGCAACAAGGAAAUUAUACAAAGGCUCUUGAAAAAUAAAUGUCCUGUUAAUGGGGUCAAUAAUCAUGGAAAUACGCCACUCCAUUAUGCCUGCUUCUGGAAUUCUGAAGAAUGUGCAGAGGAGCUAGUCAAGAGAGGUGCUUUGGUAUCACAGUGCAAUAAAUACGGGGAGACCCCACUUGAUAAAUGUAAACCUUUCCUGGCAGAAAUUUUAAGAGACUUGGCAGCACAACUUGGACAAGAUCUCAAAAGAAUUCCUCACAAAGAUAGCCGUUCAAAGCAUGGAAAAAAAGAUGAUUUACGGGACAUUAAGUCCAGACUUUCCUGGAUUCAACCCAAGGAAAUUGAUUUGGCAACAAAAUUAAGCAAAACAGUGACUGGCGAGGUAUGGAAAGGGAGGUGGAAUGAUCUCAAUAUUAUUGGCAAAAAACUUGCCAUUAGAAUGGUCAACAAAAGAAUAUCACGAGAUUUCAGUGAGGAAUACUCAAAAUUAAGAAUAUUUUCCCAUCCAAAUGUCCUACCAGUAAUUGGUGCAGUGAAUGACUCCAAGGACCUGAUAGUUCUUUCACAGUAUCUUCCAUUUGGUUCACUUUACAAUGUUUUACAUGAAGGAACAGGAAUUAUUGUGGACCAUGAGCAAGCAAUGAAGUUUGCAUUGGACAUUGCCAAAGGAAUGGAAUACCUACAUUCUUUGGACCAGCUUAUUCCAAGGCUGUACCUUAAAAGCACACAUGUCAUGAUUGAUGAUGAUCUCACAGCAAGAAUAAGUAUGGCUGAUUACAGAUUUUCCUUCAUGAAUCUUAGCAAGAUUGAAAGUCCAAACUGGAUGGCCCCAGAAGUAUUACAGAAGAGCCCUGAAGAAGUUGAUCAACGCUCAGCAGACAUGUGGAGUUAUGCCAUGAUCCUUUGGGAGCUAGUUACAAGAGAAGUGCCUUUUGGUCAUUUGUCACCCAUGGAAGUUGGCAUGAAGGUUGCGCUUGAAGGUUUAAGACCAUCUGUUCCACCUGGUGUAUCUACACAGAUGGCAAAGCUUGUGUCAAUCUGUUGGAAUAAUGAUCCAACCAAGAGACCCCGGUUUGACCAGAUUCUUCCAAUUCUAAACAAGAUGGCCCAAUGAGAUUUAUGCAGCAUAAUCCUAGAAUAGUAGAUUAUAAAAUAGUUAUCACAUAGAAUGAUGUCCCCAUGCAAUUGUGGGUGUAUUUUUUGUUGUUGUUAUUUUGUGACAUAUGGAAGAAAGCUUUGCAAGCAUCAAAGACGAUUCCAGCAACACAGUAGUCAAUAUUGUGAUAUAAUUAUUUGUUUGUAUGUAGGGUUGUCUGUACAGGUGAACCUCUGAAGUUAGGAUCUGAGUGUAACAAGAGGUGAAUGAUAGCUGUUGUCAAUUCA